AUGUGCAAGUCAGAAAUCUGUGGAAUAUGUCACCAUAAAUCAUGGAGUGGAUGUGGUCAGCAUGUGGGCCUGGUGAUGGACCCCACCCCCAAGAGCCUCUGGUGUACGUGUGAGCCCAUUGACGUGAAUGGCUCACAAAUGGACCUUCUGGGGGUCAGCUACCCACCUCGUGCUGGAACCGGUUUUGCCAGAAAGAGUGUAUAG